CAGAACAAGUGGCCUAGUUUAUGUAACAUAAUUGUGGCAUGAUUAAUAAUAAUUAAUGCAUAUCGCCUUGCAGUAAUAUUUUCCAAGUCCUAAAAUAACAAAUGCAUCGUAAUCUCCGAUGCCUACUUACAUUAUUACAUUAUGUCAUUUUAUGACAUUAUUAUCAGAAGCUGUUAAGCAGCUGCCCAAAUCAUCCAUUUUCUUGUUUUGAUCUUGAUUCAAGGUUAUGGCGCACGUAGAACCCGCGAAUACAGACAUGAACGUAUAUCACAGUGCUCCCACAAAACCUCGUAUCUUACUUGCCGCUAGUGGAAGUGUGGCUGCAAUAAAAUUUGCUAAUCUUUGCCAUUGCUUCUCCGAAUGGGCAGAAGUCAAAGCAGUUGCUACAAAAGCAUCGCUUCAUUUCGUCGACCGAGCUUCACUCCCAAAAGAUGUAACUCUUUACACCGACGAAGAAGAAUGGUCGACAUGGAACAAAUUAGGCGAUAGUGUACUCCACAUCGAGCUUAGAAGAUGGGCCGAUAUUAUGGUAAUAGCACCGUUAUCGGCAAAUACACUCGGAAAGAUUGCGGGUGGUUUGUGUGAUAAUUUGGUGACGUGCAUUGUUCGAGCAUGGGACUAUAGUAAACCGAUGUUUGUGGCACCUGCGAUGAAUACGCUCAUGUGGAAUAACCCGUUUACGGAAAGGCAUCUUAUGGUUAUUGAUGAUCUUGGAAUUACGCUUAUACCACCGGUGAAAAAGAAGCUGGCUUGUGGAGAUUAUGGAAACGGAGCAAUGGCUGAGCCUUCUUUGAUAUAUUCGACUGUUAGGCUUUUCUUUGAGACACGGGAAAAAUCGAACGAUGGUGGUUAUGUUUAGCGAAUGGUGAACAUUUUUUAUGCAUCGAACGAAUUUGUGGCCAUGUCGAAGCUGAAUUGCUUAUGUUUGUUUUUUUUUUCUUUUUUAAUAGCUGAUAAGCUGUUAUAUCUUAUUUUUAGGAUUAAUUUUUAGA